GAUCUCUACGCGCUCCGCACAAGUUACACAGCAGCAAAACACAAUCUACUCCUCUCGUCCAAAAACACCAAACUUUGUCUAAUUGAAUAUAGAUUUUGUUUAUCUAUUUUAUGAUGGAGCGCUCACAAUCUGACACCCUGCCUCUAGCGAAUUCGGUCCAAAUUCCCCAGCUCGGAUUUGGUGUGUAUUUAUCCCCACCCGAAGUCUGCACCAAAUCAUGCCUCACUGCACUCGAAGCUGGAUAUCGUCACAUCGACACAGCACAGUACUACGCCAACGAAAAAGAAGUCGGACAGGCUGUUCAAAAGUCCAACGUCGAUCGGAAAGACGUUUUCUUGACCACCAAGAUCCUUGAGGCUGCUGGUUCUGUUGACGGAAGCUACGCAAAAUGCAUUGAGAGUAUUGAGAAGCUUGAUCCUGAAAGCGGUUAUGUCGACCUUUUUCUCAUUCAUAGCCCUAAUAGUGGCUCUUCAAAGAGAAAGGAGAUGUGGCAGGCCUUGGAGAGGCUGUAUGAGGAUGGAAAGGCUAAGAGCAUUGGCGUGAGCAAUUUUGGUACCCAACAUAUUGAAGAGCUGAAGCAAUUCGCCAAAGUCUGGCCUCCCCAUGUCAAUCAGAUCGAGCUGCAUCCGUGGGCACAGCAGAGAGACGCCGUAGAAUACUGCGAAAAGAACAACAUCGUGGUAGAAGCUUAUGCUCCUCUCGUUCGCAACCAAAAAGCCGAUGACAAGACGCUCAAAAGCAUCGCAUCAAAGCACGACGUCACGCCUAGCCAAGUAUUGAUUCGAUACUGUCUCCAGAAGAACUGGGUCCCCCUUCCAAAAAGCGAUACGCCUGAGCGCAUCAAAGCUAAUGCUGAUGUUUUCGGUUUUGAUCUGGAUGACAGGGAUAUGAGGGCGCUGGAUGAUUUGGACGAGGGCGCUGCGGGUGCAAUUGUGCAGGCGGUGGAUAAUUAUUGAACACAGUGGAACUUGCUUUGUGAUGAAGAUUCGUGUGUAGUUUCAGGUGUUGGGUUGCAGUGCAAGGAUGUGAUGAGAUGGAUGUUACACCGAAUCUUAACCUGAACUUUAGAUCUUGAGAUCUGGCUCAUCUCUUGGUUUGGGAAUCUUAGAUAAACGAGCUUAUAGCCUCUCAUAGAUCAAGGUUUAUACGCGUCAUUGACUCAGAUUCACUUCAGGUACAAUCUCGAUAAUCUCAUGUCUCAGACUCGGGACCAACGUC